AACAAUAAUAGCCUUACUGGUGAAAGCACAGAAGCUCGGUCCUUAGCAUUUACAAGUGCUCCCAUCCCAAUCGUGACUUGACAGUUUUAUACCAGACAAAAUGGCUGUUAACAGCAUUGCUGUACUACUCGCAAUUGUCGGAUGUUUGGAUGUCGUGGGAGCCUAUCCGAAUGGACCUCCCCCAAGAGUAUGUGCAUCCAUGGCCCCUGAUACAUUUCUCCACGGCGAAGCGCAGAAUAUAGCUUCCCCGUACACCGUGAGCACCAGCCAAUCUACCUACAUGCCUGGAGAGACGAUCACCGUGACGCUAUCCAGCCCUGGAAAUACAGCCUUUAGAGGCGUUUUUGUGCAAGCCCGUCUGAAAAAUGGGCAAAGUAUCGACCCGCAGGGAACAUUCGUGUUGAAUAAUGGGGAAAGCCAAUUGAUGCUGAUGACCUGUGGUAACAGGGCAGGCAGCGCUGUUUCACACAAUUCACGUGACUCGAAAACAGCCAAAACCUUUUCAUGGAAGGCUCCUGAUACUAAUGUUGGGGAUGUGCGGUUCAUGGCAACAUUUGUCCAGGCUACGCAAACAUACUGGACAGGCGUUAUGUCGGAAGAUGUGAUAGGUUCCACUGUUACCACUACCAUUACGACAGAGAAACCCAUCACUACUACAAUGAAACCCACCACUACUACAAUAAAACCCACCACUACUACAAUAAAACCCACCACUACUACAAUGAAACCCACCACGACCACAGAGAAACCCACCACCACUACAGUGAAACCCACCACUACUACAUUGAAAACCACAACUACAACAAUGAAAGCCACCACGACCACAAUGAAACCCACCACUACAACAAUGAAACCCACCAUUACCACAAUGAAACCCACCACUACAACAAUGAAACCCACCACGACAACAGAGAAACCCACCACUACUACAUUGAAAACCACAACUACAACAAUGAAAGCCACCACGACCACAAUGAAACCCACCACUACAACAAUGAAACCCACCAUUACCACAAUGAAACCCACCACUACUACAACGAAACCCACCACUACCACAAUGAAACCCACCACUACUACAAUGAAACCCACCCCUACCACAAUGAAACCCACCACUACUACAAUGAAACCCACCACUACUACAAUGAAACCCACCACUACUACAAUGAAACCCUCCACUACCACAAUGAAACCCACCACUAUCACAAUGAAACCCACCACUACCACAAUGAAACCCACCACUACUACAAUGAAACCCACCACUACCACAAUGAAACCCACCACGACCACAACGAAAGCCAUCAUUACCACUUCCACAAAGAAAAGCCAUCAUUACCACUAAUCAGAACGAAAUCCACGAGUACUGCAGAGGAACUCAUGACUACCACAGAGACCAUACGGAUGAUACAGAGCACUGCCAGCACAACCAGCGCCCCGGGAAUAUUCCUCUUUGCAUUAAUGGUGCUUACCGGCUUAUUACACUUGAUAUAAUAUUAAAAUUCAACAUAUCAGCCCAUAGAGGAAGGACCAAAACCUUCUGUUCUGAUAUCACUUAUUGCUCGCGUCUAAAGACGUUUACAAAUUUGUUAAAAUGUUGCUAAACUGACAUAUUCCAUAUGUUUGUUUAUUUAUUGACCGCACUCCAGAUUAUUUCCCUUAUACGACGGCGGCCAGCAUUAUGGUGGGAGGAAACCGAGUAAAACCUAUUUCAUAUAUAUAUAUUUAUUUAUUUGAUUGGUGUUUUACGCCGUACUCAAGAACAUUUCACUUAUACCGACGGCGGCCAGCAUUAAUGUGGGUGGAAACCGGGCAGGGCCAAGGGGAAACCCACGACCAUCCGCAGGUUGCUGUCGCUACUCUGGUCGCUACUCUGGUUUUAUUCUCCAAGCUGUAGUCUUAAUAUCCUAUAUUUUCUGGCGAAGCUGUAGUUAAAUAUUUAAAAAUUAUUUUAGUCAUAUAAAGAUAUUAUGUACAUAAGGUACACAUUCAA